AAGUUUGGUCCCGUUACCUCCCAAGCUCGUGUCGACUGAUUUCAUCUUGAGUCUUUCUUUCCAUAUAACAUCUGGGUUGUGUCCGUCCACCCUCACAGACCCCUAACUCGCAGCUCUCCCACAUUUGUCAACCCAGGACAGCCCCUUCUGCCUGCAUUAGUGGGCACUUCCGAAACGCACGUCAGUAGCUCCGCAAGCACCGGGCAACUCCUUAAGUUUAUCGUCUCUUUGGUCCGCCAUUCGCCUUUCCGAGACCCCCUCAUGGUCCUCCUCGCAAUGUGGUAUCCGAAGAUUGCGGCCAUCGCGGCUGCAGUGUGUUGCGGAAUGGCUACUGUGCAUGCCUCAACUUAUAAACCUGCGAGGCCCCCAGCGGUACCGAUGGCAGUGCGGACACCAUAUCUGAACUCGUGGCUACAAUGUGAGCCUGAGUGCUUGCUUCCGGAUAAUUGGCCACGACACUGGACUACACAGAUUCUGGGGUGGCAGGGCCUGGUCGCAGUCGAUGGCAAGGUGUUCAACUGGAUGGGAAAGGCCUUUCAGAAUCCGGUCGUCAAGCAAGUGUCCUUGGAGUAUACGUCAACAAAGAGCAUAUUCGUCUUUGACGUGGACGGCAAGAUCAACCUUACUGUCACCUUUUUAUCUCCGGUGUUUGCAGAUGAUCUUUCCAGGCAAUCGCAGCAGUUUUCGUACAUAUCUGCAAAGGCCAAAUCUGCCGACGGAGAGACUCAUAAUGUCCGGCUAUAUAUGGAUGUUUCUGGAGAAUGGGCAAGCGGCGAUCUUUCCCAGAAGAUCACUUGGGCUCAUGACAAAACCAACAAGCUGGAUUACCAUACAUUCGAACGGACCGAGCAAGUCGAGUACGGCGAGAAUGGCGAGAUCGCAGCUUGGGGAAGAUGGUACUUUACUACUGGUUCCGACAGUGGCCUGAGUUGGCAAAUAGGCUCUGACCAACUCGUACGAAGUCAGUUUGCAAGCAACCAAACUCUGACCAAUACCGUAGAUAACACUUUCAGAGCUGUUCAGGAAAACUGGCCGGUAUUUGGAUUCUCCCACGACCUUGGCAACGUUGGGAGUAGUGAUAUAGAACGGCUUUUCACGUUGGGCUUGAUUCAAGACAAUGUCAUCCACUUCGCAGGCAUCAACAAAACCCUCGAUGCCGUCCCUGGACUGUGGCAGUCCUACUUCAAUCACGAUGACCAACUGGCCAUUGACGCCUUUUACGACGAUUACCAGUAUGCAACUAGUCACAGCAGUGAACUAGAUAACAGGAUUCAGCAGGACUCGGUCAAAGUCGGCGGCCAAAAUUACGCGACUAUCACGACGCUUUCAGUUCGCCAAAGCUUUGGGGCACUUCAGUUCGGCGGUACGCCCUCAAAGCCCUACAUCUUCUUGAAAGAAAUCAGCUCCAACAGCGACAUCCAAACGGUUGAUGUCAUAUUUCCGGCAUACCCUAUUUUGCUUUACCUGAAUGCGACACUCGCAAGGUACCUGCUUGAUCCCUUGUUCGAGAACCAGCAGAGCGGAGCGUACCCGAACAAAUGGGCCGAGCACGACCUGGGAACUUUUCCUGUUGCGAAAGGCUAUCCAUCGGGCAAUGACGAGCCAAUGCCGCUGGAGGAGUGCGGAAACAUGGUCAUCAUGACGCUGGCCUACGCCGAGCGCACGGGCGACAGCAGCUAUCUCGAGAAACACUACUCGAUACUCUCGCGAUGGGCAGAGUUCCUGGUCGAGGACUCAUUAAUCCCGUCCAACCAGCUCAGCACGGACGAUUUUGCCGGUACCUUGGCAAAUCAAACAAACUUGGCCAUUAAAGGCAUCAUAGGCCUCAAGGCCAUGAGUAGAAUUGCCAAUUUAACUUCCAACAGCGAUAACUGGGGUGCGAUCGCAGAUGAGUACUUGGCGCAAUGGAAGGUUCUAGCCAUCAACAAUGAGACCGACCUCCCGCACACGACUUUGAGCUAUGGUGACAAGAAGAGCUAUGGUCUUCUCUACAACAUAUACGCAGAUAAGCUCUUGGACCUCAACUUUGUCGACCAGUCGAUUUUCGACAUGCAGUCUAGAUUCUACCAAAGCAUUGCGAUGAAAUACGCCGUCCCGCUUGAUACACGCCACACCUGGACCAAGUCAGACUGGAUGAUGUUUGCGGCGGCAGUUGCCAGCCCAGACACCAAGGCACUGCUAAUCGACAAGCUCGCAAAUUGGAUCGGCAACACGACAACGAAUCGAGCCAUGACAGAUCUGUAUGAUGCGGAGACAGGUGGGUAUCCGCAGGACGGACCGACGUUUGUGGCCAGGCCUGUCGUAGGCGGGACAUUUGCGUUGUUGGCACUGCCUUCCUGAAGGGCUGAGUUGAGAGUACCUAGGUAUGAAAGGAGCUCCGUUCUUGAUGCGUAAUAUCAAAAUGCACUUGAUUAUGGACAGGAUGAGAAGAACUGCUGGCUUGACUCACUAUUUACUGGGGCGUACCUGGUAGAGUCGAGAUACACGAGGAAGGGAAUUGGACAUAUGGGAUAUGUGCCUUGAUCUCCUGGAAGGUUAGAUGUUUGUUUGUGCAUGCUUGAAGACAACAACUCUUUGAUUGGCUGUCCCAAACUGCCGCCUCCCAUCAAACUACUAUACUGGCGGACAUACAUACCUCUAAGCUGGAUGAAACAAAGCACCUGUCAUAGGGCACAGCUAACACACCGGGUGACCCGUGAAAACUACAGACCACUGCAGGUACCCUCGUGGCAUUACGUACCGUAAAAACGUUUAGUUGGCAAAAAGCUAUCCC